CAACCACAACCGCUGCCCCAACAACAACAACCGCUGCCCAAACCACAACAACCGCUGCCCCAACCACAACCGCUACCCCAACCACAACCGCUGCCCCAACAACAACAACCGCUGCCUCAACCACAACAACCGCUGACCCAACUACAACUACAACAACCACUACUGCACAAACUACAACUACAACAACCACUGCCCCUACAUCAACAACCGCUGCCCCAACAACAACCAUUGCCCCAACAACAACCACUGCCCCAACCACAAUAA